GCGGAGAUGGGUGUAGGCAACGUGUUCGUGACGGAGGUGAGGGCGCGCUACAUCACCUUCAGUAUCCCUUACGACUACGAGAGGGCGUGCUUCCUGACGCCGUCUCCUCGCGAACUGCCCCGCUGGAUGGCGCUCACCUUCCCCUUCACGUUAUACGUCUGGUUGCUGCUUAUAGUGACUGUGGCUUCGCUGGUGGUGUUCGUGCCUUUGUUCGGAAAGGUCAUGCUACUUGAGGAAUUUGCCGGUGACCUUAACACCUUAUCAGGGACUUUUCUUUACAUCACGGCUCUGUUCUGCAACCAGGCUACUAUCCUUCCUUCGCGGACUCCGAUGCAGGUAAUGGCAGCGUUCCUCAUCAUGAGCGGGUUCAUCACCACCGUCUUCUACUCCUCGAACCUGAAAGCCUUCAUGAUGGUCAAGGUCGUGGAACAGCCUUACACUUCCAUUCAGCAAAUCGUCGAGAGCGACUAUAAGGUUGGCGGAUUCAGCGACUUCUGGAGGGCCAUCUUCGACGAGUCUUCCAACGAGAACGUAAAGAAACUCGGACAAAAGUUUUUCAGCUUCUUUCCCGACAUCACUCCUUAUCUCACGCGCGUCGCUUCUCGCCAGGUGGUGUUGCUGGAGAACACCCAACACCUGACUUACCUGCAGGAGUCCUACCUGACGAACCGCAUUGGGGAGUCCCCGGUCAGGCUCAUGCUGGAGGAAUGCAUCAAUCCUUUUGGCAUCGGCGCUCUCCUCAGGAGGAACUCUCCGCUCAAAGACAAUGUUGACAUGGCUAUUCUGCGCAUGCGUGAGGCUGGUCUUGUCGACAAGUACUUUGAGGAGGUGCUCUUGAAGGAACAUAGAGAAGAUCACAACAUAGACAACGUUGAGUAUAACAAUGGAGAAACCGCUAUAGGCCAAGGGGUAAUAGCUCUGACUUUGGAACAUUUGCAGGGAGCUUUCCUGGUACUCGGGCUUGGGUUAUUUGCUGCUUUGUGCGUCAUGCUGACUGAAGCUGCAAUAGCUCUAUGCACUUGCAUGGGCCCUCUCCAACAACCGAAAACGUAAAUUGGAAACUACGGACUUAACCGCAGACUUAACAUGGCCGUUCGAUAUAUGAGACAGGAUAAGAAACUUUUAAGGUCUCCGGAGGACAACCAAUAUUGAUACUUGGGACACCGUUUGCACCGUUUCUUUGCACUGUAACGAAAUUUAUUAUCUAGCACCUUGUGGCUCUAACAUGCAAUUACUUUAUGUAUUGUACCUAACAUACAAAUUUAUACAAAAUUAUGGAACUGUAAUGUAAGCACAAAUAAAAGCGCUUAAAAAAAUUAACGAACUGAGGACCUAUUGUCAUUGCAGUAAAAAAACGAAUUUAAGUAAUGAUAUCAAGACAACCGAAACUAUGACAGAAACUGGAAUCUACCAAUCAUGCCUUGAUUUUUUUAAAUCUAGAA